AUGGAGGUCUACCAGACCACUAAACUAUUACUAUUUCUUGUGCUUUCUCUUACUGGAGUCCAAGGGAACUUGACUGUUUUUCUAGCCUUUAUUCAUAUUGCUUGCAGCGGACAAAAAUGGUCUCCUUCGGAUACAAUAACAGUGAACCUGUCUUUCACAAAUCUACUUCUUGUUACUUGCAGAGGUGUCCCACAGACAUUGACAGCAUUUGGACUAAAGAACCUGUUUAAUACUCCUGGAUGUAAAUUCAUUCUCUUUUGCUUCCGGACUAUGAGAGCUGCUUCCAUCUCUCUAACUUUCCUUCUCAGCAUUUCUCAGAGCAUUAUAAUAGCUCCAGCAUCUUCAAGACUUGCAGUACUCAAGAAAAGUUUGCCAAGGAACCUGCUCUGCUCCCUGAUAUGGUUCUGGCUCCUUAGUGGUUUUACUAGUAUUGCAUCAAUUUUGUAUACAAAGGCAGCAGAGAUAAAUGCAACAUUAUCCAGUUUUACACUGAAUCUUGAGUACUGUUUUACUGUGUUUCCAGGAAAGACAGUAUACGAAGGAACUAAUAUUAUGGUUUUAGUAAGGGAUACUACCAUGAUUGCACUCAUGGCUUCUGCAAGCUGGUACAUUGUGUAUAUUUUGUUCAAGCACAGAAAACAAGUAAAGAACAUCUGUAGCUCAGGUCAUCAUAGGGGAGUCUCUGCAGAAACAAGGGCAGCUAAGGCAGUUAUUACUCUGGUCAUACUUUAUGUUAUAUUUUUUGGAAUUGAUAACAUGAUUUGGAUUUACACAUUCAGUGUACCUAAAGUAUCAACACAGAUUACAGACACCCGUGUUUUUUUCUCUUUACUAUACGCAACUAUUUUCCCACUUGUAAUUAUAUUGUCAAACAAAAAAGUCAGCAAUAGUAUCAAUUAUGUAAUGGUUCUUAUUAAAUAUAAAGAAGCAGCAACUGCAAUUGUAAAAGACAAUAAAGCUCAUGUCAGCAAAUAG